UGUGUUAACAGCUGAUAGCAAGCAUCCUUAGUUACUCUAUGGGCACGCGCAGACUCGGGCAGCAUAGAGUGGUCCUGAUGCUGGUACUCGUGCGCGCGGAUUGCGUCACCUCUUCAGCACCACCAACUCCAGCAUCCAGCGCGAGCCUUAGCGCUGUGGCUACUGCAGCGUUGCCAGCACCACCGUUUAUCUCAACCCUCCAUCUCUGAUUCGAUCCAAGGAGGAAAGUAGUCACGUGCGCGGGCGACGCGUUUCCUUGUUGCGCUGGCGGCUGGUUUCCAGGAUGGCGGAGAGCGAAGCAGACACGCCGAGCACACCGAUAGAAUUCGAGAGCAAAUACUUUGAGUUUGAUGGAGUAAGGCUGCCGCCCUUCUGCAGAGGGAAGAUGGAGGAGAUAGCCAACUUCUCCCUGAGGAGUAGCGACAUAUGGAUUGUUACCUACCCUAAAUCAGGCACCAGUCUGCUACAGGAAGUAGUUUACCUAGUGAGUCAGGGAGCCGACCCUGAUGAGAUCGGCCUUAUGAACAUCGAUGAACAGCUUCCUGUCUUAGAAUACCCACAACCUGGAUUGGAUAUCAUACAGGAGCUGACGUCACCUCGUCUGAUAAAAAGCCAUCUUCCUUACAGAUUCCUGCCGACAGCCAUGCACAACGGAGAAGCAAAGGUGAUCUAUAUGGCCAGAAACCCAAAAGACUUGGUCGUUUCCUACUACCAGUUCCACCGCUCGCUGAGGACCAUGAGCUACCGGGGAACCUUUCAGGAGUUCUGUCGGCGUUUCAUGAACGACAAAUUGGGAUACGGUUCCUGGUUUGAACAUGUUCAGGAGUUUUGGGAACAUCGAAUGGACUCUAAUGUCCUCUUCCUGAAAUAUGAAGAUAUGUAUAAGGAUCUAGGUACGAUGGUGGAGAAUCUAUCCAGGUUUCUGGGUGUCAGCUGUGAUAAAUCUCAGCAGGAGGUGAUGGUGGAGAGCUGCAACCAGCUGAUCGAGCAGUGCUGCAGCUCAGAGGCUCUGUCUAUCUGUCGGGGUCGUGUUGGUCUGUGGAAGGACGUCUUCACGGUGUCUAUGAAUGAUAAAUUUGAUGCCGUAUACAGACAGAAAAUGGGCAAGUCUGACCUGACCUUUGACUUCUGGCUGUAAGAAGGACCCGGUCUCUUCAUCACCACGGACUGCCGCCUCCCUCCUCACACUGAUGAUCACCAUUUAUACCACCAGUCACAUUCCUACAUCUACACAGAGUUUAUCAGUCUGAAAUGAAGUCACAUUGUAAGACUUUCCCCCAUAAUUCGAUCUAUUUCAGAUGAACCAUAUAUCAGAUGUGGCCUGAAGGAAAUCAUUGUAGUUACAGAAAUACUGAAUGAUCAAUAAUCAAUAAUCUGUCUUUACAGUAUGUUUGGAUGUUACACGUACACCUGGUGUGGGAUGGGCGUGGGGGGGUUGUUUGUUUUAUUGAGGAACCCAUGUGCACAUAUUUAUACUGGAAAUCCCAUAUUCAUGGCAUAAUGAAAUAAACGUGCUCACAUCAA